GAUCCCGGAGCUGGGCGGAACGGAUGGCGCGGGAAUUAUGCGUCACCAUCUGGGCGGGGUGGAGCUGCGCUGACGUCAUCACCCCGGCACCUGCCAACAUGGAAGGUGGCGGCGCUAGCGUUGUUGUCGGGGCCCAACGAGCUGUAGGCUCUGGAGCGGCUGCGGCGACAGUCCGGGAGCUUCUGCAGGACGAAUGUUAUAGGGAUUUUUUAAAUGAAGAUUUUGAUGUGAAGACUUAUACUUCCCAAUCUAUUCAUCAAGCUGUAAUUGCUGAACAACUAGCAAAACUUGCCCAAGGAAUCAGUCAGUUGGAUAAAGAAUUACACCUACAGGUUGUUGCAAGACAUGAAGAUUUACUGGCACAGGCAACUGGCAUUGAGUCUUUGGAAGGUGUUCUUCAGAUGAUGCAGACAAGAAUUGGAGCUCUACAGAGUGCUGUUGAUAGGAUGAAAGCAAAAAUUGUUGAGCCAUACAAUAAAAUAGUAGCCCGUACUGCACAACUAGCAAGACUUCAGGUUGCCUGUGACUUGCUUCGGAGAAUAAUUCGAAUUUUAUAUCUCAGCAAGAGACUCCAAGGACAACUGCAAGGGGGAAGUAAAGAGAUAACAAAAGCUGCUCAGAGUCUUAAUGAACUUGAUUAUCUUUCUCAAGGAAUAGACCUUUCUGGAAUAGAAGUAAUAGAAAAUGAUCUGCUUUUUAUUGGAAGAGCUCGACUUGAAGUGGAAAAUCAAGCUAAGCGCUUAUUGGAGCAAGGUGUGGAGACUCAGAAUCCCACCCAAGUCGGGACAGCGCUUCAAGUUUUCCAUAAUCUUGGAACUUUGAAGGAAACUAUUACCAAUGUCAUGGAUGGAUAUUGUGCUGCUGUAGAAGAAAGUAUCAACAGUGCAUUAGACAUCAAAGUCUUGACUCAGCCUUCACAGUCAGCUGUGAGAGGGGGACCUGGACGAUCUACUAUGCCAACCCCAGGAAAUACUGCAGCUUUCCGUGCUUCUCUUUGGACCAAUAUGGAAAAACUUAUGGAUCAUAUUUGUGCAGUUUGUGGACAGGUUCAACAUCUCCAAAAAAUAUUAGCCAAGAAAAGGGAUCCUGUUUCUCAUGUUUGCUUCAUUGAAGAAAUAGUCAAGGAUGGAAAACCUGAAAUUUUAUAUACUUUUUGGAAUUCAGUUACUCAAGCACUUUCAUCUCAGUUCCAUAAGGCAACGAAUUCUUCUACAUUUUUGAAGCAGGCAUUCGAAGGAGAAUACCCUAAAUUAUUGCGUCUUUAUAAUGAUCUAUGGAAGCGUCUUCAACAAUACAGCCAAAAUAUUCACGGAAAGUUUAUUGCAAGUGGAACUACAGAUCUCUAUGUCGACCUACAGCACAUGGAAGAUAGUACACAAGACACAUUCAUAUCAAAAAGGGCAGAUUAUGAUCCCGAGGUGGCUUUGAAAGAUUCUUUGCAACCUUAUGAAGCUGCUUAUCUAUCAAAAUCCUUAUCUCGACUCUUCGAUCCUAUCAAUUUGGUUUUCCCCUCUGGUGGUCGUAAUCCUCCUUCUUCAGAUGAACUUGAAGGUAUCAUUAAAACUAUAGCAAGUGAACUAAAUGUAGCUGCUGUUGAUGCAAACCUCACAUUAGCUGUGUCAAAAAAUGUGGCAAAGACCAUUCAGCUAUAUGGUGUAAAAUCAGAGAAUCUUCUUUGCACACAAGGAGAUGCAAGUCAGGUAAUUGGACCUCUGACUGACGGGCAAAGAAGAAAUGUAGCAGUAGUGAAUUCACUGUUUAAGUUACACCAGUCAGUGACAAAGGUGGUUUCCAGCCAGAGCUCAUUCCCACCAGCUGCUGAGCAAACUAUAAUUUCAGCCCUAAAGACAAUCCAUGUUCUUAUGGGAAAUGCUAUUCAACCCUUACUGACUUCAGUGGGAGAUGCUAUUGAGGCCAUAAUCAUCACCAUGCAUCAAGAAGAUUUCUCUGGAUCAUUAUCCAGCUCAGGAAAACCUGAUGUUCCUUGUUCUCUGUACAUGAAGGAGCUUCAAGGUUUCAUUGCCAGAGUUAUGAAUGACUACUUUAAACACUUUGAGUGCUUGGAUUUUGUCUUUGACAGCACUAAGGCUAUUGCUCAAAGAGCGAUUGAACUUUUUAUCCGCAAUGCAAGUCUUGUAAGACCUCUUGGUGAAAGUGGGAGAAUGCGGCUGGCUGCUGAUUUUGCACAGAUGGAGUUGGCUCUGGGUCCAUUCUGCAGAAGAAUAUCUGAUUUAGGACAGCCCUAUAGAAUGCUAAGAUCAUUCAGACCACUGCUUUUCCAGACAAGUGAAAAUGUGGCCAAGAGUUCAUCAGUGGGGGACAUUAUUCCAGUCAGCAUUGUCAUUCAGUUUUUGUUCGCAAGUGCACCUGCUGAGCUUAAAUCUCCUUUCCAGAGGGCAGAAUGGUCCCACGCACGCUUCUCCCAGUGGUUGGAUGACCAUCCAUCUGAAAAGGACAGACUCCUCCUCAUCAGAGGAGCCCUGGAAGCUUACGUUCAGUCCGUAAGAAGUAGAGGCGGCAAAGAAUUUGCACCAGUUUACCCCAUAAUGGUUCAACUGCUUCAAAAAGCUAUGUCUGCUCUUCAGUAAAGUAUUCAUUUUGUGUUAACCAUUCAAGGUUGGCAAUUAAACUAACACAUAAUCUCUAGAUAGAUACUUUCUAUUUUAAGAAUGUACUUGAUUUUUCCCAGCAUUUCUUAUUGAUCUCUUUCCAUAUACUUUCAUGAUUCUACUACCUGAGUAGCAUAAAGUGUCAGAUUCACACCACCAUCUUCCUAUUCCAUAGACCCUGUUUCCAGAGAUUCAGCCAUUUCAGAUUUCUUUAAAAGGCUAAAAUUUCUUUUCUGUCACCUAAUAAAUCUGUGUAUAGGUACACACACUUAUCAAGUCCCAUUGCAUUGUGAGAAUGUGACCUAGCGGUGGAAGUACCCUGCUUCCAGAAGCAACCUUCAUCUUUACUAGAAAACUGUUCUAGAAACUUUACUAGAAAAAUGUUCAUCCAGUGAAGUCAGUUCAUCUGUGACCAUGGGGUAAUUUCCCAGUGGGAAGGUAGGGGGUGACUCAGAACUCAUGGUGGGAAUGUUGUGCAACUGCACCCCUAUUAUCUUAUGAUCUUGUUAAUCCAUAUUAAAUCACUAAUAAAAAUCUUUUAAAAUA